GGUAAGUCCUAGUUAGAGGGCAGCCCCAUCGAAGCGCCGCUGUCCAGCGCGCGCCGAGGCACGCCCGUCGAGUCCCGUCGAGGCCACCACCGCUGCCCCAGCAUCACCUGUGGAGCCGCAACGCCAUCGAGGCAGCCCAGACGCCGCUGUAGCCUACGCCCACGAAGAGGACCAAAUUCACACCUAUAGCAAGCUCGAACGAUGGGCGACGACGCCCAGAAGAAUGUGGAAUUCACGAACAUGUGGGGCGCGCGCCUGCGGCUGCCCUGCGACAUGCCCGACGACAUCCUGAAGGAUGCGAUCCAGACGUUCCACGAGGAGCUCGGCGCGCUCCAGGCCGAGGGCAAGUCCUACGACGACGAGGACGCGGGCAACGCGUCCGUGGGCCGCAUAAAGAAGAAGUUCGACGAGAAGUGGAGCCCCUACUGGCACGUCGUCGUGGGCCGGAGUUAUGGGGCCUUCGCGACGCACGAGACCCGGCACUUCUGCUCCUUCAAGGUCGACAACUUCGCCGUGAUGAUGUACAAGACGGCAUAGGCGCUAAGGGUCUUUGGUUAGUAGGUUUCGUUUGCGCGGCGGCCGGAGGUGCUAGCGACCGGUAAG